AUGGCAGACGACUGUCAGUCGAUUAUUAUAAACAUACCGAAGUUGAGAGUGUGUUUAAAAACAUCAAAAGAACUUUUGAAAACUUCUACCGUGCCGAGUAUUCUAAAACGAAUCAAUCAGAAGCGUCUUAAGAAAUCUUCCAAGACAUUGUCUCAAAAGUAUUUCUCAAUGGAACACAAACCGACGCCAGUGAAUAGCUUACGAAGAGGCGAAAUACUUUUAUCAUACAUAAUGUACACAAAAAAACAAAAACAGAUUAACAAGAAAUAUAAACUCAGAAUUCCUAUUAAUGAAAAGUAUAAAACUGUCCAGACUAAUCUGCAACAGCGAUUGUUCAUAGAAGAUCCACCAAAUGAGGUUUAUACAGCGAUUGAUAUAGAUGAAAAAUUUUUCAACUAUGUUAGUGGACGCCAUUUAAAAACACGUAUCCCGAUAUUUAAAUCACUAAAAACAGCAAUAGCUGAUAUAUUAAGGAUAAAAGCAGAGAUAGGUUAUAGGAAUGAUGCCAUCCUAAAUAUAGAUAUCAAUCACAGAAAUGAGAUGAUAAUGUAUGAAGAGAGUGUCAAGAAAUGUAUGAGACAAGCUAAAUAUUUUGAUUCUUUUAUUUAUGAAGAUUAUAUUAAAUCCAAGUCUUUUCUAGAUAAAUGGGACAAACUAAAAAAUCUACUGCAACUUAAAGAGGCAGAGUUACAAAGUUUUGCAAGUGAACAAUUCACAAUUAUUUCCAGGUUAAUGGGAUUGGAUUAUCUUUAUCGUGUUCAACAAAAAUAUGGGAGAUUUUUAUACUAUUUGUCACCUCCAACCUGGCGUUCACAAAACAGAGAAUUUGCGCGAUCGGUGGAGAUUGAAGCUAAAGGUUUCGAUUUGGGUAAUUCUAAUGAAGACGAAACUUUUAAAGUCAUUUUUGAGCAGAUGCAAAACCAAAGUUUAAAUCCGGUUCAUCCAGUUCUUUAUUUUUCUGAGCUUCAUGAUCUAAUGGAUAUUUUUGACGGGAUUGAAAAACAUUUGCUACAUCACUUUGACUACUUAACGCAUCUAACUCCACAAAGGAAUAUCCACAGAGAGGGAAUAAAAUACUUAAAAAACUCUAUCACUCAAGAGAGCACUUUUGUUUCUAACACAGUAAGAAGAUUUGAAAAGUAUUUAGAGUUUGAAAAUGAAAGGUGUGAACAAAUGAAACAAAAGUUUUUUUCAAUAAUUAAUGGAUUAUUUUAUAAUAGUGUUGGUGCUCCAGAUGUGCUAAGACUUUUUGUUCAUUUAGAGUUCUGUUAUGAAAGAGUACAUUCAGAGAGACCAAUGAAUAUGGAUAUUAUAUCCAUGGCGAAAUCUUUAGAGGGUAUGUAUAUGGACUACUGUUAUAGAUUGGACUACGUACACAAUGAUGCUGUAAAAUCUGCUGUUACCAAAGCUUUAAACGAAGAGCAUCAAAAAUUAAAAACGGCCAAAAAUGCAUCUCGCGAGCUACGGUUAUUUAACAGGUUGGAGAAACGACUACAAAAAUCUCAUGAAGUUAUAAUAGAUAAAUUUUGUAGGCCUAUCAUACCACCCAUUUCUUUGAAAAUAAGACCAAAUAAAAUUGAACAUCAGAAACCUGAAAGCAUUGUAGUCAAAGUAGAAAAACCUUUGACUGAUUCUGAAUUAGAGUAUUUGAAAUUAUUCACAGAUUGGGUAGAAGGUGAAAAUCCAGACAUGUAUCUUCACAGGAAUGAUGAAGACGAGGAUAGUAAACUAUUAUAG